AAUCCCAAUCCCAACAACUGGAGGAGAGUUGAUGGUUGGCCAGUUGGACUGAAGAAUGUUGGCAAUACAUGUUGGUUUAGUGCUGUUAUUCAGGUAUGAUGUGUUUAAGAAACAACUGUGUCUUCUGGAAACAACUUUGUCAUUUAUCGAGUUGAAAUGUGAGAAACCCAGCUUAGAGAAAUGGAAGCAGAGGUAUAAGACUGGUGUUUUCCCACGUGGCAUUAUUGUGUUUUGCUCUCCUGUGUUUGGGUCUAGAUGCUCUGGUGUCUAAAUUAGGCAAUGCUAAAAACAAAAUAUCCUGUGGUUGCAAAUUCGUUUGUAAAUAUGUCGAAUAGGUGGUUUGGAUCAGCAUUUUGACUGAAAAACGUAUUACAGCAGAGUUAAUAAGGAGACAGCAGUUGGGACACAGAUACCCAGGCAGGAAAAGAUGGCGGCCUGGAAAAGGGAAGCAGUAUAAGCCGUGGAAGGAGAGAAAGGCUUUCUAGAGUUAUGCAGGAGAUCAGAUCUACAGGUGCUGGGGGAGAGGUUGGAUAGAGGGGAUAUGCAGGAGACCGCUGAGAAAGACUCCAGGGUUUCUAGCUUGAGAAACUAGGUGGAUGAUAGGAUGGUUAGAUGCUGGAAGAGGAAUAUUUGGGUGUGUGUGAAGAGGGGGAUCUCAGUUCGGUUCUACACAUGCCGAGUUUAAGGUGCGACACGGAGAUGCAUAUAAACCGGUACUGACUUGAAUCUGCUGUUCAGGAAAAAGAUGUGGGCUACACAUGCCACUGUAGGAGUCAGUGGCUUAUACACACGGUGAUAGAGCCCACGGAGUUGACGAAUUCUCCCCUCGAGAGUGUUGCCUCUCUGGAAGUACCUCCCAGGCAUCUUAAUAGGGCCACAGUGUGGCACCUGAUCCUGCCCCUCCAGUCUUCCCCUUUGUGAUACUUGACCUCUCCCCAGCGGCUCAGCCAAAAACGGAGGCCUCUCUUUCCACACGUAGGAUCCAGAUUCUUGCAGCUUACUCUGUGCCUGGCCCUGUGUUAGCACUGGGGUAACAGCAGUGAAUAAAAGGAAAGUCGUUAACAGAGAGUUUACUUUGAAAAAAGCAGGAUGGGCAGUAAAUUAUACAUAUCAAGUGGUGAGAAGUGCCAUAAAGACGAGUGAGGGUAAGAGGAGCUGGGCAGGGAAGGAGGCCUCUCUGGAAAGGAGGGCAUUUGAGCAGAGACCUGAAGGAGGUGAGGGGAUACGCCCUAUACUUACAUAAAGGGCACGGUAGGCAGAGGGAACAGCAAGUGAAAAGACCCAGGUUUAGGAGUUUGUUUAAUGUGGUGAGAAAUAGAAAGAAGGCAGAACUGAGUGCUCAUGGGCAGGGAACAGACAGUGAUGAUAUCAGAAGGGUAGUGGAGGUGAGGUGGGGGGUGCUCAGCAUCACGAUGAGGACUUAGGAAAGUGCAAAAGUAUUGGAAGGUUUAGAGCAGUGAAGUGAGCUGAUCUGCUUCCAUUUCACGAAGAUGGCAGGCAUCUGUGUUGAGGGUAGCAUGUAGGAAGGAAUGUGGACUUCGGGACCUCAGUCAGUCCUUUCAGAGAGGAGGGGGGAGAGGCUGAGGACCCUGCCUGCCCUCCCACCCUCCUCAGCCUUCUCGCCUGUGGGCAUAUUGAAAGGCGUAGAGGGGGCUCUCCGCUGUCAGCACGGAGCCCACUCUGGAUCCUCCCUCUCUCCCUCCCUCUCCCGCUCCCCUGCCCACGCUGUCCCUUUCUCUCUCAGAAAAUGAAUAAACAUUAAAAAAAAAAAAAAAAUUAAAAAAAAAAAAAAGGCACAGAGAGGAUCACAAAGUAAGGUUUCUGAGAAAGCCCGAGAAGACAGGAUCUAGAGCCUGGAGGGAGGGAUCAGCCCCGAGUAGGAAAAGGGCAGGGGAGUAAUAAGGGAGAGGAGAAGGAAGAAAGGCACAUUGCAGAUUACAGCUGAAGUGGCUUCAGAUCAUCGUCUCUGUGAGGUAAGCAGCCCUCUUCUGAGUCCCUGGAGAAGGGAUGGCGGCGGGUUAAAGGGGCGGUUGCCGUGGACAGUGGAGGCCAGUCGGCAUCAGAACAUAGUAGUAGGAUUUCUGCGAAUGUGAAGGUCUGCUUGAGGGUGUUGACCUUACAUGCGUACUGACGUCAGGAUGGCCUGUUUUAUCGGGACUUUCUCUUAGCAGCGCUCUGAGACUCUUAGGUGGAAAUUGAACAUUAUUUAGGUUGGGGGCUUUGCUGGGUUUGAUGCCAAGGGCAGUUUGGGGAUUUAAUGCGGGAUGGUUAAAGACCAUGGAAUCAGAGCUGGAGACAGGAAGGGACUGGUGGUCAGGCAGAACAGAAGGGAGUCCGUUGGCUUGGGUCUUUGACAAAGUCAAAGAACAGAUGUCCUCUGGGUAACUGGAUCAGUAAUGCUGGAAGACAGGUUGCGGUUCAAGAGCGGGCUUUUCCGAAUUUGUGAUCUGAGAAUUGGCCGCUUCUCCGGAAUUCAUACAUCCUGCGUGUGACCUCAGACGUGGUCGUAGAGAUGGAAUGGAGGAAUGUGUCCCUAGACAUAAGAUGCUCACAAAGCCAAGGGGUCCCGGGCUGAAUGGUUGUGCUUGUGUUCCCUCAGCAGAUGUUAGUUGAACACCCACUGUAUAUGUAGCCCUCUUCUAGGCCCUUGAGAUAAAACAAUGAGUAAAACCGAGAAGUCCCUGGACUGCCUGGUCCGUAAACAAUGUGCCAUAUUGUCUUAUAUAUAUUUAACCUUAUUAUCAACCAUUUCAUACUCUGUUUUUCUGGAACUUCGACCUCCACAGAACAUAGCUCUGAGAUUUCUCCGUGUUAAUCUUGUAGCUCUUAGGCAUUCAGAGACACUGCCGUGUCUUAGUCCACGUUCCAGAAACAUUUUCUCUACAAUAUUAAUGACUACAUAAUAGCAUAUUGUGCACAUGUGCUAUAGCUUAUUUAAUCUAUCUCUGUCGUUAGCCAUCAUGUUGUUUCUGGUUUUCCCCUAAAAGGAUUCAUUUGGUCAGCUAGAUUUUUACACGGAGCCAUCAUCAUUUCCUCAAGCAUAGAAGUAGAAAUAGCAGGUGACAGUCAUACGCGCUUCUGAGGUAAAAGAAGUAUCUUUUUGCUGCAGUUAUUUUGAAAGAAAGGCUAGAAAUCUCUUUCUUUAUUUCAGUCUCUCUUCCAACUGCCUGAAUUUCGAAGACUCGUUCUCAGCUAUAGCCUGCCACAGAAUGUACUUGAAAACUGUCCAAGUCACACGCAAUCCCAGGAACAAAUCUGAAAACCCAAUGGUGCAGCUAUUCUACGGGACUUUCCUCACUGAAGGGGUUCGUGAAGGAAAGCCCUUUUGUAACAAUGAGACCUUCGGCCAGUAUCCCCUUCAGGUAAAUGGUUAUCGCAACUUAGACGAAUGUUUGGAAGGGGCCAUGGUGGAGGGGGACAUUGACCUGCUUCCUUCCGAUCAUUCGGUGAAGUAUGGACAAGAGCGUUGGUUUACAAAGCUGCCUCCAGUGUUGACCUUUGAGCUCUCAAGAUUUGAGUUCAAUCAGUCCCUCGGUCAGCCAGAGAAAAUUCACAAUAAGCUGGAAUUUCCUCAGAUCAUUUAUAUGGACAGGUACAUGUACAAGAGCAAAGAGCUUAUUCGAAGUAAGAGAGAGUGUAUUCGAAAGUUGAAGGAGGAAAUAAAAGUUCUGCAGCAAAAACUGGAAAGGUACGUGAAGUACGGCUCAGGCCCAGCUCGGUUUCCACUCCCGGACAUGCUGAAAUACGUUAUCGAAUUUGCCAGUACAAAACCUGCCUCAGAAAGCUCCACGUCUCAAAGUGACCACGUGACGUUACCGCUUUCUUCAGUGCACUGCCCAGUUUCUGACCUGGCAUCCAAGGAGAGUACAAGUAAAGAAAGCCCUUCUCAGGAUGUCGAAGGUACCUUUUCUUCUCCUGAAGAUUCUCUACCCAAGUCUAAGGCAAUGAAUAAGCCAUUUACAUUGUCCCGGUCUUCCAUGGAAAUGCCUGCACAGCCGGCUCCUCGAACUGUCACAGAGGAUGAGAUAAACUUUGUUAAGACCUGUCUUCAGAGGUGGAGGAGUGAGAUUGAACAAGAUAUUCAAGAUUUAAAGAAUUGUAUUGCAAGCACUACCCAGACUAUUGAGCAGAUGUAUUGCGACCCACUCCUUCGUCAGGUGCCUUAUCGCUUGCACGCAGUUCUCGUUCAUGAAGGACAAGCCAAUGCUGGACACUACUGGGCCUAUAUCUAUAAUCAACCCCGACAAGUCUGGCUCAAGUACAAUGACAUCUCUGUUACUGAAUCUUCCUGGGAAGAACUUGAAAGAGAUUCUUAUGGGGGCCUGAGAAACGUUAGUGCUUACUGUCUGAUGUACAUUAACGACAAGCUGCCGCACUUCAAUGCAGAGGCGGCCCCAAUUGAAUCAGAUCAGAUGUUGGGAGAAGUGGAUGCCCUGUCUGUUGAACUGAAGCAUUACAUUCAGGAAGAUAACUGGAGGUUUGAGCAGGAGGUCGAGGAGUGGGAAGAAGAACAGUCCUGCAAAAUCCCUCAGAUGGAAUCGUCCAGCAGCUCAGUGUCCCAGGAUUUCUCCACAUCCCCAGAGCCCUCAGUAGCCUCUUCCCAUGGGGUCCGCUGUUUGUCCUCUGAGCACGCUGUGAUCGCAAAGGAGCAGACGGCGCAGGCGAUUGCGAACACAGCACACGCCUAUGAGCGGGGCGGUGUGGAAGCCGCGCUGAACGAGGAAGUUGAGCCCGAGAAGCCCAUGUCCCCGGAAACAAACCCCGCAGGGCAGACAGAGCAGCCCCCAAAGGCUGGUGACACAGAGUCUGCUGCCCAGCCUGACUCUGAGGCCUCUGAAGUCGAGAUUCCCAGUGUGGGAAGGAUUCUGGUUAGAGCUGACGCAGAUGGAUAUGAUGAGGAGGUGAUGCUGAGCCCUGCCAUGCAAGGGGUCAUCCUGGCCAUAGCUAAAGCCCGUCAGACCUUUGACCGAGAUGGGUCUGAAGCAGGGCUUAUUAAGGCAUUCCACGAAGAGUACUCCAGGCUCUACCAGCUGGCCAAGGAGACGCCCACGGCCCACAGCGACCCUCGGCUCCAGCACGUGCUUGUCUACUUUUUCCAAAAUGAGGCGCCCAAGAGGGUGGUGGAGCGGACCCUCCUGGAACAGUUUGCAGAUAAAAAUCUCAGCUACGAUGAAAGGUCCAUCAGCAUCAUGAAGGUGGCGCAGGCCAAGCUGCAGGAGAUUGGUCCAGAGGACAUGAAUAUGGAAGAGUACAAGAAGUGGCAUGAGGAUUAUAGUUUGUUUCGAAAGGUGUCUGUGUAUCUCCUCACGGGUCUGGAACUCUACCAAAAAGGAAAGUACCAAGAGGCACUCUCCUACCUGGUAUAUGCCUACCAGAGCAAUGCCGCCCUGCUGACCAAGGGGCCCCGCCGGGGGGUGAAGGAAUCUGUCAUCGCUUUGUACCGACGAAAGUGCCUUCUGGAGCUGAAUGCCAAGGCAGCUUCUCUCUUUGAAACAAAUGACGACCACUCUGUAACAGAGGGCAUUAAUGUGAUGAAUGAGCUGAUCAUUCCCUGCAUUCACCUUAUCAUUAAUAAUGACAUCUCCAAGGAUGACCUACAUGCCAUUGAGAUCAUGAGAAACCAUUGGUGCUCUUACCUUGGACAAGAUAUUGCGGAAAAUCUACAGCUGUGCUUAGGGGAGUUCCUACCCAGGCUUCUCGAUCCUUCUGCGGAAAUCAUUGUCUUGAAGGAGCCUCCAACUAUUCGACCCAAUUCUCCCUAUGACCUUUGUAGCCGAUUUGCAGCUGUCAUGGAGUCAAUUCAGGGGGUGUCAACUGUGACAGUGAAGUAAGCCCCCACAUGUUCAAGGCCCACUUUGGUCCGUGGCUGCCUGCCUGUUGCACAGAAGUCUGUCAUCACAGUGUUUGCCCUGGGGAAGGAAUUAGGUGGGAAAGUAAGAUUCAGAUCCAGCCCCCAACCAUGCUCUGCGUGUAAAGAAGGAUUGAAAAUAAAAUUGCACUUUUUAGGUACAGAAUCAUAAAAGCAAUUUCAUCACAAAAGACAAGAACCAUUGUAUUAAGGUACCGAAUUACGUCACAAGACCUGAAAUGCCUCUCGUACCUACACGCGUGUUCGAAUGCUCGAGCUUUUUUGUAACUCUCUUGCCACUUUUAAAAUUAUCCUGCAGGCAUAAAUAUUUUUGACAGUGGAAUAGAAGGGUGAUCCAUCAGAACCUGAACCAGAUGAACAGCUACUAGUUAUUUUAUCAAAUACAGAUGACAUUUCAAAGUUCUAAAUGGCAAGAGAUGAGAGCUCUGAGCCUCGCCCGUCUCUUGAUGGGAGAAGACAAAAUGCAUUGCUAAUGAACUACCGCCCUUCACGUGUGGGUAGAAACCUAAGGGCACGUGGCAGCAAGGGCUGCAAAGUCAAAAGAAAGCUGCCUUUCCUUUCUUCUCUCUCUCUCUCUCAUUUUAUAUUUUUUAAAUAAACCAGAAAACCUCAUACUCAGUCCCGAGUGAAAGAAAGGAAAGCAGUAAGGACCUUAGACUGAACGGCGUUGUGAACCGUCACUAAGACAGGAGAGCAUUGGGAUUUCAGUAAAAGCUUCUGGCAUCCGAAAACUGUCAACAGCAGGUGUCUGAGGCCGCUGCUGGCCCCAAAGAACGUUUGGAUGCCCCUCCCCUUUUGUGCUCCAAAAAAAAAAUAAAGGAUGAGGGUUUGUAAAAAGAAAAAAAAAGAAUAUAUAUAUGUAUAUGUAGAGAGAGAACUAUCCCCUGUUGACCGUUUUUAAAAGGCUCCAGAUUGGAUAUUGUGUUUUAACCAAAUUUUAACGUUAAUGAGGGAAUAGUGGGCGGGAAGAACACUCGAUACAACUAUGCAGAUUUUAUAAAUGUGCAAUAAAAGUAUCUGUUGUA